GCUCGGCGGCGGCGGCGGUGGCGCGGGCGGCGGCGCGGGCGGCGGCGGGACUCGCGGAUCGCGGCUGCCUUUGCGCCCGCCACCGCCCGCCGUCACGUCGGCGGAGGGCUGCGGGGCGCGUGCGGUAAGGCCUGGCGGCGGGAUCCGCGCGCCGCGGGCUCCGGGUGUGCGCACUGCGGCGGGGCCGAGCGGGGGCCCCGGGCGGGCUCGAUUGAGCUGCUGAAGUUCUCAAGAUGAAGUUUUCAUUGGCAAUCUCCUUUUUUAUUUUAAUGUCCUUGUGGUUUGAAGAAGCUUGUUCUAAAGAAAAGUCUUCCAAGAAAGGGAAGGGGAAAAAGAAGCAGUAUUUGUGCCCAUCUCAGCAGUCACCAGAGGACCUGGCGCGUGUGCCCCCCAACUCCACCAGUAAUAUCCUGAACAGGCUGCUGGUCAGUUAUGACCCCAGGAUCAGACCAAAUUUCAAAGGUAUUCCUGUUGAUGUAGUAGUCAACAUUUUUAUUAAUAGUUUUGGAUCCAUUCAAGAGACAACAAUGGACUACAGAGUUAACAUUUUCCUAAGACAGAAGUGGAACGACCCCAGGCUCAAGCUGCCGAACGACUUCAGAGGCUCAGAUGCACUCACGGUGGAUCCCACCAUGUACAAGUGCUUGUGGAAGCCCGACUUGUUCUUUGCAAAUGAAAAAAGCGCCAAUUUUCAUGACGUGACCCAAGAAAACAUCUUGUUGUUUAUUUUUCGGGAUGGAGACGUCCUUGUGAGCAUGAGGUUGUCUAUCACUCUGUCAUGCCCUUUGGACUUAACUCUGUUUCCCAUGGAUACACAGCGCUGCAAGAUGCAACUUGAGAGCUUUGGUUAUACAACUGAUGAUUUGAGAUUUAUCUGGCAGUCAGGAGAUCCUGUUCAGUUGGAAAAAAUUGCUUUACCUCAAUUUGAUAUUAAGAAGGAGGAUAUUGAAUAUGGGAACUGUACAAAAUACUAUAAAGGCACUGGUUACUACACUUGCGUGGAAGUGAUAUUCACGCUGAGGAGGCAGGUUGGCUUCUACAUGAUGGGCGUAUACGCACCGACUCUGCUGAUUGUGGUUCUCUCCUGGCUCUCUUUCUGGAUCAACCCUGACGCCAGUGCUGCCAGGGUGCCCCUGGGCAUCUUCUCCGUGCUCAGCUUGGCCUCGGAGUGCACCACCCUCGCGGCCGAGCUUCCCAAGGUGUCCUAUGUGAAGGCGCUGGACGUGUGGCUCAUCGCUUGCCUGCUUUUCGGGUUCGCCUCCCUCGUGGAGUACGCGGUUGUCCAGGUGAUGUUGAACAAUCCCAAAAGGGUUGAGGCCGAGAAAGCCAGAAUCGCCAAGGCCGAGCAAGCAGACGGUAAAGGUGCAAACGCAGCUAAGAAGAACCCCGCGAAUGGCACAGGGACCCCUGUUCACAUCAGCACUUUGCAGGUUGGUGAAACCAGAUGCAAAAAAGUUUGCACUUCCAAGUCUGAUCUGAGAUCCAAUGACUUCAGCAUUGUUGGAAGCUUACCAAGAGAUUUUGAAUUAUCCAAUUAUGACUGCUAUGGGAAACCCAUUGAAGUCAACAAUGGACUUGGGAAAUCACAGGCCAAGAACAACAAGAAGCCUCCGCCUGCCAAGCCUGUCAUUCCAACAGCAGCCAAGCGCAUUGACCUUUAUGCAAGAGCAUUAUUUCCUUUCUGCUUCUUGUUCUUCAAUGUUAUAUAUUGGUCUAUAUAUUUAUGAUAAACUGCUUCCAUUUGUAUGAAAUACAAUAUCAUUUCAUUGUGACCAAUGCAAUUCAUAAUUGCUGAUCUGUGAAAACUUUGCAUUUUCAUAGCAAUAUAUUGCAUUUUGGAUGCCACUUAAUUAUAACAAAAUACAGCACCUUAUGUUGAAUGGCAAGCAUGACCCUAAAAUGUCUGUUCUCAAACCAUGAGAUAGCUAGAUAGAUGUAUGUAUAUUGAGCAUAGUGCUUUAGGAAUCAACGAAAAAUAAGCAUACUACAUAAUCUACAUAAUGUGCUCUUCAGCUACUGUAACUCUGUAACUGCAAAUACUUCAAAUAACCCUGAUGAUGUGCACGCUGACUCCUGUUAUGUUCACCGUUCUACUAUAUAUAGUAUCUUACAUUCCCUUCCUUGUAAGAAAGAAAGCCAUCUUAUUCUUAAACAAUUUUCAACAGUAUUAUCACAGAUUAAGCAAGAUUGUAUGACAUAUUGUUUAAAGUUUUUAAGAGAGGUAGAUAGUAAUAGUUAUGCAGGUGCAUUGAGAAAUAAAGUCAAAAUUAUACAUUUAUAAAAUCAGCUUAUUUUUAAGUGUGCUUUUGUUGUCAAAAUGCCAGACAAUGGAACAGUAAGCAUUGUGAAGGAAAGAGAAUUCUGGGCUGGUAUGAAUGCAUAUUGAAUUCUGGCUUCUGACAAAAUACAAAUAAAUGAUAGAUGUAUUAAUUAAAUAUUUUGGAUAAAGUAAUUAUUUAAUCCACCUUAAAAUUGAAAUAUAUUUUCAUGCCUUUUGUUUGUUGAUACGGAUAGCAUUAAGCAUCAGCCUUAAGAUGAGUUGCACACAUUUCAGAUCUGAACAGAGUGGUGAUGUGUGAUGCCAUAUGACUGUUAGACUCGAGAGGAAUGGUAAGCAUUAACUUGAAAUGGAAAAAUUGUAAUAACUGAAGGACUUAGCUUGUCUAUUUUAGUAAAAUGCGUCUAUACUUCAAGUAAUAUUCAUACUGUUUUGGGAACUUGUUUUUGUUUUUAAUUGAUUUGAAUGUAUUUGAAUAUGUUACAACAUAAUGAUUUAUAAAUAAUGUCUUUUAUUUAAAGUUUAGACUUCACUUUUUCUUUGUGCUACAAGUCUAGACAUUGCGGGGUGGGGGUACUGGCUUUAUCUUGUUCCUACCUGAAAACAACUCCUAAGUCUCUUAAGACCCCAUUAUCUAACAGUGUCAUAGUGUAACUGUUUAUUUCUCUCUCAGCUAAAGUUCGCCUAUCGGUAACUAGUCUGAUGUAAACAUAGACCAUAAAUCUAUUUCACAUUAUUUGGAGUGCUUUUGUUCCUGUUGAUAAUUUGUACAGCCCAUUCCUAAAAUAACAUAUUAAAAGUAUUAUUUGUGCAAUUACCA